AUGACAACGCAAGUAGCGGUCGAAAAAGUUGACGCGACGGCAGGGAACGACGACGACGAGGACGACGACCGCCGCGUCCGCGCCGUGUCCGCGCUGAUCAUGGGCAUGCUGCUGGAACACUUCGGCGACGGGCGUCCGGUGCACGCGGACGUCGUCAUGGACACCGUCCAGUACCGGUUGACGCACGACGACGCGGCCGAGAUGGCCCGCGAACAUCGGCGGCCCACCGCGGACGACGUCGGUGACGCGGCCGACGAGGACGACAACGCCGUACGCUGUCACUACUACAGCGCCGACGACCGGCGGCGGCAACACGAAUACUACUGCGUGUGGGCCGACCCGUGCGUGUCCAGGGCCUACCACCGGUGCCUGUUGAUGUUGGUCGAGUCCGGUCGUAUCCACGUGUUGUACGACUGCGCCGGCGGAUGCGGCGGACACCGCGAGGACGGCCGCGGCUCCUACUGCGGCAACGGAUGCGAAAUCGCGUGUGCGAAGGGGACGGCGGCGGUGGCCCUGGCGCUCGCGUCUACCGACCGCCCGAAGCUACCGACGGCUACGAGAGCGUUGUGCCGCCGCCGGUCAUAA